AGAGAGAGAGAGAGAGAGAGAGAGAGAGGGGGAGACAGAGAGGUAGAGAGAGCAGCCUGCCUGAUCGUCACAUUUCUUGCAGAGAUAACAUUACAGAGAAUGUCCAUGCUUCUUUAAGGAGACUCAGCGCUGUUCAAAGGUUCAGAAAUACCCAGACUAAAAGGCCAAUAAGUAGAUCUUUGACAGACCAUAUUGGACAUACAUAAAUGGAUGGACAAAGAGAUAUUGCAUUCAGAAUUCACUUGUCAACCAGUGAGACGCAUCAGUGGAUAUAAUGGGCAACACACCACAUAAACCUUUAGAAGAUGUGACUCUACAGCCCGACCCUGUGGUGAGCAGGCAGUUCUUCACUCUGCACGGUGGCAGUGGUGGGGGAGGAGGUGGCAGGGGUUCGGUGGUAGAGAGGCGGACGUCGGCCCCCCCAGUGAUCCUCAGUCUGGAGUCGCCCAGGUUCCACCCUCAGGCCAAGGGGAAGAACAUCAGGCUGGACGGUCAGCUGAGACGAGCUACCAGGAAGAACAGCUUCUGCAACGGAAUCACAUUCAGCCAACGACCUGUUAGACUCUAUCAGAAGGUUCGUCUGCGUCUGUCCGGUGUACACAACGGCUGGAGCGGUGCUCUGCGGUUCGGUUUCACCAGUCUGGACCCGAGCGAGCUCAACUCCUCCAACAUCCCCAAGUACGCCUGUCCGGACCUGGUGACGCGGCCGGGUUACUGGGCCAAAGCCCUGCCGGAACGCCUGGCGAUCCGCAACAACGUCCUGUCCUUCUGGGCCGACAGACACGGCCGUGUGUUCUACAGUAUCAACGAGGAGGAACCCAUCCUCUUCCACUGUGGUCUGAGUAUAGGAUGUCCGCUCUGGGCCAUCAUAGACAUCUAUGGCCUCAUCCAGGAGGUUACACUGCUAGAGAGCAAGUUUGCAGAGAGUGUCGGGUCCAGUUGUCUGUCUGCGGCCCGUCUCAGUGCCUACCUCCCUCACAGCAGCCACGACUCCGCAAACUACAACAACAACCAGCUAGAGAACAACCAGGCCGCCGCGAAGAUGGCCACGUUACAGCUCAACAACAAAGCCACUGCGAAGAUGGCCACUGCGAACGACAGCUCAAAUUCUCUCAACACCUACAGCCAGAUGCUCCCCUGUUGUACCACAUCUUCCUCCUCCAUAACAUCAUCAUCAUCAUCCGUCCCAUUCUCCACCCCCCGGUUGGUCCGAGCUGGGCUCCCCUCGCCGCUCAACACCGACCUCCACUUCCAUCCAGUCCGUGGCCCGGACGUCAUCCUGUCAGCUGACCGCUCUGCAGCGUGUAUCCACUUCCUUGAGUCUUCGAGGACUCUGGUGUUCUCAGAUCGCCCCCUAAGGGUCAGGGAGACGCUCUACGUCGAGGUCGGUCAUCUCGGCCUGCCCUACUUCGGGGCGCUCCUUUUCGGACUGACCUCCUGCGAUCCGGGGUCCCUCCAUGCUGGGGAACUUCCUGCCGACCCAGAGGUGCUGCUGGACAGGAAGGAGUACUGGGUGGUGUACCGCGGCUUCCCCAUGCCCUGCUCCGGGGACGUUCUGUCCUUCAGCCUGACACCCAGCGGUGAGGUGCAUCAUGGGGUCAACGGGGCGGCCAGAGGGAGGCUGCUGUGUGUCGAUUCAUCACAGAAACUCUGGGCCUUCUUUACCCUGCAUGGAGCGGUCAACAGACUCAGGAUACUGGGCACGCUCCAGUCCAGCCCUUCCUUCCUUUCCUCCCAGACCAGUAGUAGCAGUAGUAGUCCAGACGACAGUGAUUCUGACCUGGCCUUCAGCGUCAACGGAUCCUCCUCCGAGUCCUCCCUGGUGACGGCCCCCAGCUCCCCUCUCAGCCCCCCUGUCUCCCCAACGCUGUCUCCCCCACCCUGUCUGCCCCACGCUGUCUCCCCCACCCUGUCUGCCCCAGAGCUGCCUUCUGGUGGUAAGAACGGGGAGUGCACCGUCUGUUUCGACCAGGAAGUGGACACAGUCAUCUACACCUGCGGUCACAUGUGUCUGUGUAACAACUGUGGGCUAAAGCUGAAGAGACAAGUGAAUGCCUGCUGUCCUAUCUGCCGCAGGCCCAUUAAAGACGUCAUCAAGACAUACAGACCAUGAGAGGACUGGGACAUUACUGGGACAUUACUGGGACAUUACUGCAGCAGGCCCAUUAAAGACAUCAUCAAGACAUACAGACCAUGAGAGGACUGAGACAUUACUGGGACAUUACUGGGACAUUACUGGGACAUUACUGCAGCAGGCCUAUUAAAGACGUCAUCAAGACAUACAGACCAUGAGAGGACUGAGACAUUACUGGGACAUUACUGCAGCAGGCCCAUUAAAGACGUCCCAUUAAAGACAUCAUCAAGACAUACAGACCAUGAUGUCUGGGACAUUACUGCAGCAGACAUUGUCUAGAGCAGGGAUAUUCAACUCUGACCCUACGAGAUCUGGAGUACUGCUGGUUUCCUGUUCUACGUGAUAAUUCAUUUCACACCUGUUGUCCCAGGUCUAUAUCAGUCCUUGAUUAGAGGGGAAUCACCCACCUGGUGUCCCAGGUCUAUAUCAGUCCUUGAUUAGAGGGGAAUAUUUAUUUUUAAAGCAGUGGAACUGGCUUUGAGGUCCAGAUGUAUAUUUGAAGGCUAUAGAGACAGACUGGACACCAUUUCAACAGGCUCAUCAAGGUCAUCAUUAAGCCUGACCAUCCAUGCGAGAACAAACUACUGGGACAGGGCUCUGUCUGCACCCCAGAGACGUCUCUUACCAGACUGGACACUCUACACUACGGCAGGUCCAUCACGGACCGCCCACAUCAAGACAUAUUGGCCCUGAUAGACUGGACAUACUCUCUCUCUCUACCCGAGACUCUCUCUCUCUCUACCUGAGACUCUCUCUCUCUCUCUACUCAAGACUCUCUCUCUCUCUAGCUGAGACUCUCUCUCUCUCUCUACCCGAGACUCUCUCUCUCUCUACCCGAGACUCUCUCUCUCUCUCUACCCGAGACUCUCUCUCUCUCUCUACCCGAGACUCUCUCUCUCUCUCUCUACCCGAGACUCUCUCUCUCUCUCUACUCAAGACUCUCUCUCUCUCUAGCUGAGACUCUCUCUCUCUCUCUACCCGAGACUCUCUCUCUCUACCCGAGACUCUCUCUCUCUACCCGAGACUCUCUCUCUCUCUCUACCCGAGACUCUCUCUCUCUCUCUACCUGAGACUCUCUCUCUCUCUCUCUCUACCCGAGACUCUCUCUCUCUCUACUCAAGACUCUCUCUCUCUCUAGCUGAGACUCUCUCUCUCUCUCUACCCGAGACUCUCUCUCUCUCUCUACCUGAGACUCUCUCUCUCUCUCUCUCUCUCUCUCUCUCUCUCUCUCUCUCUCUCUCUCUCUCUCUCUCUCUCUCUCUCUCUCUCUACCCGAGACUCUCUCUCUCUCUCUACCUGAGACUCUCUCUACCUGAGACUCUCUCUCUCUCUCUCUACCUGAGACUCUCUCUACCAUAGCUGAGGGCGGCAGGGCUUUCUUUUCCUGUUUGUCUGCCUGUCACAUGGUUUUUCUAAAUGUGUGGUUUUAACCCUUCACGUGUUGGAAGGACAGCUGAGGGGACUCUUCUGUGAGUCACCACUCUGCCAAAUACCUUCUACCUUUGUGCCUUAGACAAUGUUUGUCAAACGUCUUCAUGUCCAAGUUCUAAAUAUGAUGACAAUGCUAUUUGUAAAUGAAGGUGUUGUGGAAUUAAUGAAGAAUGGUCACUGCAGACAGCUUAUGCAAAAUAAAGAGAGACAUGUUUAUGUCAUGUUUCUAAAUGAGAAAAAUAUAUAACCUUAUGUUGGCGAAUUGUUCAGGGCUUUUUUUCUAAGAAGAGAAAGAUGUUUGAACAAGACAUGCAGAGUGUUAUUAAAUGAAACGUGCUGUA